ACUGGAUCCCAGCUAUUUGUAUUUUCAUCGCUAGCCUGCUCACGGUGAUUGACUGCGUUCGCUAAAAAAACGAUCUGGAUGGACAUUUAUUAAUUUUCGUUUGCUCGAAACACACUCCAUCGAUAGCUUGUGCCGAUGUGCAGCCAGUGCAAGCAAAAGGACCGACGGAGAGCGGAGAGAUCGCCGUGUAUACCGUCCUUUAGCCGCCUCUGAAACCAGCUAGCAGAGCUAACACUUGACUGGCGAUAACGCUAGCUGGCCGGGUGACAGCUGGUCUGGUUAGCUACGUACCAUAAACAGUAACGUAGCAAAGAUUUACUCGCUCAAACAAUGACUCGUCUCUGACAUUGAGCAGACUGAGGCCCAGUUGGUUGUCACACUGGAGUAACCAGAACCCGUAACUAGCAAGGUGGGUCUCUGUCGACUCUACGGUGGUGCCAUUGAAGAUAAGCAGGUGAACACUAAGACAACUUGCCGAUGCACCUGUUUGUGUAGCUUUGACCUGCCAGAGCUGCCAGUAUGAUGCCGAUGAUAUUGACGGUGUACCUCAGCGAUGGGGAACAGGCUGUGACUGAGGUGCCCAUCACCCCUGAGACAACGUGCCGCGAUGUCGUCGAGUUCUGCAAAGAGCCCGGCGAGAGCGGCUGCCACCUGGCUGAGGUCUGGAGGGGCAACGAGCGAGCGAUCCCCUUCGAGCAUAUGAUGUACGAGCAUCUGCAGAAAUGGGGGCCUCGGAAACAAGAGGUCAAGUUCUUCCUCCGGCAUGAAGAUUCACCAACUGAGAGCAGCGAUCAAGGGAGUCAGCAGUCUCAGGAUCAGACGAGUCGCAGAAGUGGAAACACUGGAGAGAAGCACAAUGAGAACGGGGUGGGGAAUCAGCGUGUGGAGCUCACGCUGUCAGAGCUGCAGGAGAUGGCCACGCGGCAGCAGCAGCAAAUCGAGGCUCAGCAGCAGAUGCUUGUUGCAAAGGAACAACGUUUACGUUACCUGAAGCAGCAGGAGCGGCGUCAGCAGCAAACCGUUUCAGAGAGCGAGAAGCUGCAGAGGCUAAAGGAGCGCGUGGAGAGCCAGGAGGCAAAGCUCAAGAAGAUUCGGGCGAUGAGAGGCCAGGUGGACUACAGCAAGGUCAUCAAUGGCAACCUGUCUGUAGAGAUUGAGCAAGUCAGCAGCCUGUUUCAGGAGAAGCAGGCAGAGUUACAGGCGGCUGUACUGAGGGUGGAGCAGCUCAGCCUGCAGCUGGAGGACCUGCGGAGGGGAAAGCUCAACGGCAUACAGACCACCUUGGGUGGCCAAGUAACUGGCGCUGCAGCCUUAGAGCUCCGUAAACUCUACCAGGAGCUUCAGAUUCGGAACAAGUUGAACCAGGAGCAAAGCAGCAAGCUGCAGCAGCAGAAGGAGCUUCUGAACAAGCGCAACAUGGAAGUGACGCUCAUGGACAAGCGCAUCAGCGAGCUGAGGGAACGCCUCUACAAGAAAAAAGCUGAGCUGAACAGAGCCAACGGGCCUCCCUCUCCCCAGCCAGCUCCUGGGACUCUGGGCCGUGUCGCUGCUGUUGGGCCGUACAUCCAAGUCCCUGUACCGGGCCGACAGGAGGGAGGCUACACCAUACCACCUGAUCCACUGAAGCCUCAGACUCUGGGUGUCAAUAAUCAAGCCAACCAUGGCCGCACCAAGUCAGACGGUGCGCGAAAGCCUCCCAGCCCUUGGAAGGUGUCUGAUUUAGACAUCGUUGUGGACCCGGUACCCCCGUCCCUUCCAGAAUCACACCCAGGCCCUGGAGCCUCCACUGGCUCUGACGGCACAUCCCCUAAUGACACCGCUUGGCCUCCUGCUGGCAAGAGCAACACAACACUAAAGCCUCCUGAGAGAAGAGACUCAGGGACUGAUACCCAGGGCAAGAGCCCUCCCUCAGGCUCCCCCGUCGCUCCAAGUGCGGAAAAGGUGCUAGACUCCAAAAUGGCUGUCUCUUCCCCUGCCAUAUCCAAGCCACAGCCACCUCCCUAUGGCUCCCACCUCACUUCUGCAAACUCAGCCAGCUCCUUGGAGCGCCGCAAGGAUGCACCUCCUCCUCCUCGCCCACUCCCAAACCCGCCAGCUCCUGCUUGGCCCCGCACCCCGCCCUCCACGGGCUCGUCCUCCCAGCAGAUCCAGCAGCGUAUCUCAGUUCCACCGAGCCCCACCUUCCAGCCUAAUGCACCGCUUUUCCCUCCUGGGCUCAGCGAGCGACUCGAUCCACCGCCAGCUGUGGCAGUACGCCCCUUCAUCCCAGACAGAGGAUCACGGCCUCAGUCGCCCCGUAAAGGUCCACCUACCAUGAACUCCAGCUCCAUCUAUCACAUGUACCUCCAGCAGGCAGCGCCAAAGAGCCAGCCACUCAAGCCUGCCCUCAAAGCAGUAUACGGGAAGCCUGUUCUUCCCUCCAGCUCCACACCCCCCUCGCCACUGCCUUUCGUCCAGGCAGGAGGGGCCUUCCCAUUGCUCCAAGGCCAACCCAGCGGUGAGGACACUCUGGACGGAGAGCUUGAUGAUCACGAGGGCUUCCAGCACCUGGAGCCCUCAGCGCCUCCUCCCAGUGUUGAGAACAUCCCACGACCACUCAGUCCUACUAAGCUAACACCCAUGGUACACUCCCCGCUGCGCUACCAAAGUGACGCUGAUCUUGAGGUGCUCCGUAAAAAGCUGGCCAACGCUCCGAGACCCCUCAAGAAGCGCAGCUCCAUCACAGAACCAGAGGGCCCCAGUGGACCCAACAUCCAGAAACUGCUCUACCAGAGAUUCAACACUCUAGCAGGAGGCAUAGAGGGAAAUGGAGUCAGUGCAUCAGGAGGUGGCAGCGGUGCAGGUAAUGGAACUCCAUUUUAUCAGCCAGCUAAUCCUCCUGGAUACCUGGGAGGUGACUCAGUGGCUGAUACAGACAAUGGCAACCUCCUCUCUGAGACGCCGCUCCCGCCACCACCAGGGGCAGAGGAGCAGGGCUCUGAGGCUCCACCUCCAUCUACUGACGCUAAUGACAACGAGCCACUGCCCUCGCCUCCAGAAGGGCCGGGUGAUCCUGCUGAAGCUGAGGGGCCAGAGGACAACAAUAACAACAAUGUGGGAAGCUCUGAGGCAUCGCUGCCCAGCCCUGUGCCUGAGGUCACCACUCCAGAGGAGAGCGGCACGGUGGUCACACAGCCCCUGGAAAAACGCACAAACCUGAAGAAGCCAAACUCUGAGCGCACUGGUCAUGGCUUCAGAGUGAAGUUCAACCCUCUGGCCCUCCUGCUGGAUGCCUCACUGGAGGGAGAGUUUGACCUCGUCCAGAGGAUCAUCUAUGAGGUGGAGAACCCAAGCACUCCCAACGAUGAGGGCAUCACACCCCUGCACAAUGCAGUGUGUGCGGGGCAUCACCACAUAGUCAAGUUCCUGUUGGAUUUUGGCGUGAACGUCAAUGCUGCAGACAGCGAUGGAUGGACUCCGCUCCACUGUGCCGCCUCCUGUAACAGUGUUCACCUCUGCAAGUUGUUGGUAGAGUCGGGAGCAGCCAUCUUUGCCAGCACCAUUAGUGAUGUGGAGACUGCUGCAGAUAAAUGCGAGGAAAUGGAAGAUGGCUAUAUCCAGUGCUCCCAAUUUCUAUAUGGUGUUCAGGAGAAGUUGGGUGUGAUGAACAAGGGGACAGUAUACGCUCUGUGGGACUACAAAGCUCAGAACCCGGACGAGUUGUCGUUCAACGAGGGGGACGCCAUCACCAUUCUGCGACGACAGGACGACAGUGAAACAGAGUGGUGGUGGGCGCGAGUCGAAGACAGCGAGGGCUACGUGCCUCGCAACCUGCUGGGGCUCUGUCCUAGGAUCAAGCCUCGUCAGCGCUCCUUGGCGUAGUGUCUCACUCCGCUGACCUCUGGCUAACAGCUGGACUACAGACAAAACCAAGUGCAGAGAACAAAGGAGCCUGGUGCUCCAUUUUCUCCCCCGUGGCCAUAACCUCCCCUUUAGCCUUGUGCUUCUUACAAAAUCCUUUUCUCUGAAGCAGUGGGCACUGAACUCUGACACACACAUAUUAACAUCUGCACACACACAGACAGACAGACACACACACACACACACACACACAAAUGAAACACAAGCACUCCAAAUGCGAAAAUCUCUUAAACCACUCCAUCCUGACCCCUCCCCUCUACACCUAUCAACCAAAUGCUCUGUCAUUUUCCCAACUUGAUUUUACCCCAAUUCAGUGUCAGCUCUGUAUCAGACAUCAACUUGAAGAAUAAAACACUAACCCUUGUCUCAGUAUUUAUUAAAGUAUUCACACUUCUUCAGCCAUCUCCAUCUUCCUAAUGAGGUCUAUGGUGGCAUUGGUUUACAUGACACUGUCUUUAAGGGUGAGACGUUGCUGAUUUUUGUCAGUGAAAUGUAAAUCGAGUUAUUGGACAUUAAGUGUUUUUUUUUUUUAAUACCAAUUUGAUCCCCUUGCACAAAGAAAUACCAACACAGAAAAAUGUGCUCAAGUGUUUGAUUUUACUGUAGUCGAACCACCAAAGAUAAAUACAUAUUGAACUGUUUUAAUUCAGUUACUCCCUAAGACCUUGCAGAAUUGUUGAGGUGUGUGAUAAUCAAAUGAUUUGCUGCUAUCAGUAAUGAUUAACAGCUCCCAGGAGUUGAGUUAAAGUUCUUCUAGAUACUCAAAUGGACCAGAAAAUCAAUUUUGUACAGGAAAAGAGAAAAUGCCAAACUACACAGACCAGUCCUAACAAAUCCAGUGUAUUAAAGCAAAGAUGAACAUAGA